CUCACGUCGUCCUGACGUCGUCCUGACGCUCCUCACGUCGUCCUGACGUCGUCCUGACGCUCCUCCACGUCGCAGUCUCAGGCGAGCUGGCUGCGUGUGUAUGCGCGUCUGUAUGCGUGUCUGCGUGUCUGCAGCUAGGCCACAGAGUGAUGGCGGCGCCCGUCCUGAGAGUGUCCACCCCUCGGUGGGAGAGAACAGCCAGGCUCCUGGUCUGCCUGCUGGGCGUGCUGCUGUCUCUGUACGCCUUCCACGUCGAGAGGGAGAAGGCUCGGGACCCGAGUUUUAAGGCCAUGUGCGACGUCAGCAGCUCCAUCAGCUGUUCUAAAGUGUUCAGCUCAAGGUGGGGUCGAGGAUUUGGACUCCUGGGCUCAAUUUUUGGAAAUGACAGUGCACUGAACCAACCCAACAGUGUCUACGGGAUAGCCUUUUAUGCCUUUCAGCUCCUACUAGGAAUGACUGUCAGUGCAAUGGCCGCCCUUAUUCUCAUGACGACAUCCAUCUUGUCGGUGGUGGGUUCACUCUACCUGGGCUACAUCCUCUACUUUGUCCUAAAGGACUUCUGCAUCAUCUGCAUCACCACAUACGCGCUGAACUUCAUUCUCUUUAUUCUCAACUACAAGCGACUGGUUUACUUGAACGAGGCCUGGAAGCAGAAGCUUCAGGCCAAGCAGGACUAAAGCUGUUCAAGAGCCGCAAGAAAAGUGCGAUAAACAAACAAACAAACAAACAAAAGAAAAAAAGAAAUGUGACCUCUGAACAUUUGACUUGCCACCAGGAGACCUUGCUUCCAAACAAUGUGUAUUCUGCUGUGUGUUCAAAAAAAAAAAAGAAAAAGAAAAAAAAUGAAGAAAUUUAACUUAAAUGUUGGGCCGGACAUCUCAAUGUUGCAAACACGGAAGGAGUUGUAAGUGAAAGAUGAUUUCUCUUUUUCAUUUAUUUUUCCUUGUUUAACAUUGUACUCACGUAAGGAAGAGGCUGGCUGUGUGAGUGUUUGUGUGUGUGUGGAAACACAUCAACCCGAGCAAGCAGAGGCAGAAGGCCACAAAACAGAACGAUGGAGGACAGCUCUCUUGUGAACAAAAAGGAUCGCAGAAUGGAAGAAAAAACGGGACAUUAAAGGGGUUUACUUGAAACAGUUAGAAAAGGUCCUAUCGCUGCACAGCGGAUCUGCACUAAAAACUCGGAACCGAAUGUGUCCCAAAACAAAUAAAAAAUAACACUCAUUAGGUUAUCGUACGGUUUGCAGAUAAAGUUCUAGGGCGAGGGGAGGUUGGGGGGGAGACAAAAGGUUUAACAUUUAUACAGAAUAGUUUGUUUUCAUGUUUACACUUUGUAGUACGUUUCUUUUAUGAAGAGGACCACUAAAAAUAAAACACAGGACAAUGUAAGAAAAGUGUGUGUAGAUCAGUCAGGUUGUUUUGUUUUGCAAUUCUGUAAAUAGCUGCUGAGCAAUAUUCCAGGCUAGAUUGUGAUUUAGUGUUGACACAAACCUUUAAGGACAAAAAUGAAAAAAAAAAAAAACACCAACAAAGCAGGAGAGAACACGAGUUAAUCUGGAACAAAAAAAGGCGAUAAAGGUCACUUGUCGGUUGGAGGAUCCUGAAGAUGUGCUCGGGACGUCUUCCGUCCUGAAGUCCUGGUCGGGCAUGCGGUUCAAAGUUGUGUGGAUUUCUUUGUUGCAAGUGGUUAUUUUUUCAUCUGAAGCCACCGACACAAGUCUUUUAAACAGAACUAUGGGUUCUUCUCACCAUGUUUUCAUAAAGGCACCCACACUCUAUCGUUUUUUCUUUUUUGGUUAUUAUGUGAAAAGCAUUCCUGACCUCCACACAAGUGGGAUCCAUAAAGACUUAUGUGCCUAAAGGAGUGUUAAGGUGAAUUACCUUAAUUUCUUUUCCUUUAUUUUUAUUUUUUUUAAUGUUUUUGGUGUGGGUGGGGGGGGAGUAAUGUUAUGUUUACCACCAGGUCUGCUUGUUGUUUUAUUGUCAAAAGGUCCAAGGCUUUAUUUUGAUGAUCACAGUUUUGUAACUUAAGAUACCAGUGAAGUGUUUCUCUCCCCUCCCCCCCCUCCCCUCCCUAAUAGAGUCUCAUGAGGUAGCAACGGCUGCUACACUGUGAUUGUCUGCUGAAGUGUAGAGUGGCAGAGGCAUCUCUUUAUCAUGCUGUUUAAAAGCGUUAAUGCUCAUCUGGCUUUUGUUCACUGUCCAGCCUGUAUACAUUUGAUGUCAAUUGAACAGUAACGGUGAUCUUGCCAAGCUGAGUUACGGUUCAUUUGAAGGAUGUGAACAAAACUUCUUUCAUGUUUAAUGUCGACAAGAGCAGAAGAGGUGUAACAAGGUGUAAGACUCAACAACAAAGCAGUACGCUAAGCCAUAUAAAGAGUUUGUGGGAUUUUUUGGAUCCAGUAGGAAAGACAUCCAGGUCGCUGCCGACACUGAGGCUUUUCACGAAGUGGUGGAUCACUAACAUAGCAAGGUUUGUACUGAGAUAAGUCCAGCUAUAGGGGAAAAGCAACCACAGCUGGUAGUGGCUUUGCUAGAAAUCCACAGUAACGCCAGUUCAGUCCAGCACCAAGUGACAGAGUUGGACCGUUGUCUCUCUUCCAUCCAGAAUACACUGAUUUACAGUAUCCUACCCGUCAGAUGCAUGGUACACUGUCUCCUUGCUUUAAGCAUAUGUGGGACAUCGGACAAUCUUACACUCAAAGACCCAGAACAGUCGUAAUAAUAACUGUAACAAUGUGAUCCAUCUGUGGUGUCAAACCGGCUUGUUAAUAGUUUUCAUUACUGUUAAUCUCAAAGCCCCUUCACUCUGAUAGAAUUCAAGUUCUACCUGACAGUUUUUUUUUUUUUGGAGUGAGGGUUGUUGAAGUAUUGAUGAUAGCAACUGCCAGGAAAGUAAUCUCAGUGACACGUUUCCUGUGAUGACAUGUGAAGUCAUCGCUUGUCUAUGAAAAAUGGAAAGUAUGGAAAUGCCACCCCCCACCCCCCAGGUUAUUAUCGAGUGAAAUUGUUGUCUGUUCAUUCAUGUUGUAACCCAUUUACUUCUAAUCAUAUAUUGGCUCUGUUACAUUAUUGUUGCCCAUUUUCCAAAGCAUAAUAGUUUUUCCUACACACCAGGCAGACAAUGGUUUCCGUUCACUUCACUAUGUGACAGGAUACACUUUCAGAGAUACUUCCAGCACCUAAUACUUCACAGGGAAGAUCUGUAUACUGCUCACCAUGUCAAUGUUUGUCCUUUGGGGUUCAGUAUAACUGAUUUAAAGUGAUGCAGUUUGGCAUCGAGUCCAGGCUUUAGUCAUACUCUGAUGGAUAACCUAACUUAAAGGAGUACUCCACCAAUUUAGCAUGCACUCUACUUACAUUAAUUCAAAAUUGAUGCAGCAAACCUUGAAAUAUUUUUUAUUUAUUCCAUGCAUUCUUCUUCCUCUUCUAAACGCAGGGCCUACGUUACCCACGAUACCACUCAACCUCCGACAGUUCAGCCAGAUAUUCGGGUUUGGUAUGCUAUUAGUGGCUAACAGCAAACGUACGCAGCAGAACCCCCCAACACCUGUGAACAAACCUUGAUGUGUAAAUUCUGUGGAGUUCCCCUUUAAAAACAUUUGAAUCUCUUUGAAAGUUUAUUUUCAUGCCAUACAGAAACGAGUGGGAACCAAUGGCUGCCUGGAAGAGAAACUCAUUCAAACAUUAGUUAGCUUUGGAAAAUGGUCUGCAGUUAUGUGACAUGAUUGGUAGUAAACUGACCAAAAACAUGAAAGCACCAGUAUAUUCCUUUAAACAUAUUUUACGGUCCUCCAUGGAAUUAUUCAAAUGUUUCCAUCAUUUCUCAGCAAGUCAUCUUUAAGAUCUUCCGUAUACAGUAUUGCCUUGUCGGGCUAACAUCAGGUUCUGUUUCAUCUCAACUGAGAAAAAGAGUAACAACAGCGGUGUUUUGUCUUUGUCUGGGAAAGCCUGUGCACUCGCAUGUAAGACAAGUCUCAAAUGGAUUCACUUGCACAAGUCCAACUGACAUAACUUGCUAGUUUUUGUGGCAGAAACUAUGGGUCUUGUGAAUACUAGCAACUGCAGAACUGACAAGUGCACAGGCGGUAUCAUUACGUUCAUGGUUCCAGUCAUUUGCAGGCCUGUCACACUAGUUUAAAAAUAAAUGGGUAAGGAAUUUUGAUGUUGAGUCAAAAGUUUGAAAUUAUUGACUUGUUGCACAUGUUGUGUGAUGAUUUAUUGUCAGAAUGGUAAAAACGAUCUAUAGUGCAUUCUCAUAAAUAUUCAUUUAGUCCCUGAGGUUUAACUGCCAUGUUAGUUGCAUCACCAAUGCCAACAAAAGUGCCUUCUGUUUGAUCACUAGGCCUCGAGCCAAAGACGAGCAACAGUAAUAGCCUUGUAAAAUGAAGAAUGGUAACCGUAACAGGCACUAACGCUUGCCUACCUUAAAAUGUAAUCUGAUAAAUUGGUCAUUCCCAAAGAUUUGAUAUCCAGUAUUGGUGCAUCAACCCAGUCAGAAAUUGCCAGACAAAAAUGCCCUGUCAAAUCAAUGGUCAUCCCCUUUUCCCCUUCUGAACUCCACUAUAUAAUUCUCAUCUUUAUUUUGUCUAGCUAGGACAUGUUUGUUAGCUAAGAAUACACUCUGUUUAAACUACAUGAUUGUAAUGUUCUUUUUUCAUCCUUAAUUAUGCCCUUUAGCUGUAUAGACUGUUAACAUUCUGGGUUAUUUUAGUUAAAAAAAUAAUAAAAAGAUGAGGGGUUGGGGGGGCUAGGAAUCCAUGUGUCAGCAUAAAAUGUUUAUUAAAUUUCUUUGUGGAGGAAAACUUACUGGGUUUGCUUCUGUAUUGCCAAAUAUGUUUUAAAAUGCUGUAUUUUCUUACAUGGAAAAGUGUUACAUGAAUGGUAGGAGGGUGCAAAAAAAGAAUAUCUGUUCAAAUCCAUCUUACCUUAAGGGAAAACUGUGGUUGACAUGAACAUUUUUAAUUGUGUCAUUGUCAUGUGGAAAUGAUCUACCAUUAAAACAUUCCCUCUGA